AUGGGCGACAGCACCAUCACCACGUCUCAAUUCGGCCGCAAGCUGCGCAAGGACUUUCUGUUCGACGACGACUACAUCAACAUCAACCAUGGCUCCUUCGGCACCUACCCCAAGCCCGUGCAGGAUGAGAUGCGGCGCUGGCAGUCGCUGGCCGAGGCGCGGCCGGACCAGUUCAUCCGGUACGACUACCCGGUGGAGCUGCGCAAGUCGCGGGCGCUGAUGGCCGACUACCUGCACGCCCCGGUCGAGACGCUCGUCUUCGUGCCGAACGCGACGACGGGCGUCAACACGGUGCUGCGCAACCUCGUCUUCGCCGACGGCGACGUCAUCGUCUACUUCGCCACCAUCUACGGCGCCUGCGAGAACACGGUCAAGUACGUGUGCGAGACGACGCCCGCCCGCGCCGCCAAGGUCGAGUACACGUUCCCCGUCGAGGACGACGACCUGGUGCAGCGCUUCCGCGACGUCGUCGACGCCGAGACCAAGGCCGGCCGCCGCGUCAAGGUCGCCAUCUUCGACACCGUCGUGUCCAUGCCCGGCGUCAGGAUGCCGUUUGAAAGGCUGACCGAGGCGUGCCGCGAGCUGGGCGUGCUGAGCCUCGUCGACGGCGCCCACGGCGUCGGCCAAGUCGACCUGAACCUCACCGAGCUGAAUCCGGAUUUCUUCGUGAGCAACUGCCACAAAUGGCUCCUCACCCCCCGCGCCUGCGCCAUCUUCCACGUCCCCCUCCGCAACCAACCCCUCAUGCGCUCCACCCUCCCCACCUCCCACGGCUUCCGCCCUCUCCCGGACCCCACCAGCACCGACCCCUACAUCAACCCGCUCCCGCCAAGCGUCUCCGAAUCCGACUUCGUCGCCAACUUCGCCUUCACCGGCUCGGGCGACUGCACGCCCUUCCUCUGCGUCGGCGCCGCCCUCGCCUACCGCGCCUCCCUCGGCGGCGAGGCCGGCAUCCGGCAUUACUGCGAGGGGCUCGCGCGCGAGGGGGGGCAGCGCGCGGCAAAGAUCCUCGGGACGGAGGUGUUGGAUAACGCGACGCGCACCAUGGGCGCCUGCUUUUUUGCCAACGUCCGGCUGCCGCUGUCGCUUGCCAAGUGCGAGGACGUUGCCAAGGCGAGGGCGAAGGCGCGUGGGGGGGAUGUCGUCCUGGCUGAGGCGGAGGUGUUGGCGCGGGUGAAGAAUUGGGCGGCCGGGGUGAUGGUGAGGGAGUAUGGCGGGUUUCAGGCGUUGAUUGAGUAUGGUGGGGGGUGGUGGUCGCGGUUGAGCGCCAUGGUGUAUUUGGAGGUGGCGGACUUUGAGUGGGCGGCUGGGGUGCUGAAGGAGGUUUGUGAGAGGGCGGAGAGGGGGGAGUGGUUGGAUUGA